UGCAUUUACCUGGAAUUGACAUGCGGAAAACAUCUGGCGAUGUGGUUUCCUACUCAUUCCAUGCAAUGAUUGAUAUAUAAUUCAGGACUAUUCCAGUGAAAGAAUUUACCAUUUUAUAUCACAUCAUGGAAAACAUGUCAUGCAGUUCAUUCGUCUCGGUGAUUGCAGUUUGCAUUGUUGCAUUAUUUCCACAAAACAGUGUUUCAAUCAUAGAUGGACAUAAUUUAUCUCACGCGGAGAAAGCUGCUUUCAUAGCAGAGUACUUUAUACAACAUGAGGUGGAAUCACACUAUGUGUUUGAAUCGGUAAUAUCGUCUAGAGACUUGGCCCAGCACAUUUCUUCUGGAAACAAAACAUCAGCGACCCCCGAAUUACUUGAUGCUUUGUCAUCGUAUAUUCUGGUUUCUCUACCCGUUUUCCUCCGAAACCAAAUAGUUCAAGGCAUAGUGGAAGUAUUUGCUGAUGAGGCUGGGAACGCCUAUCAACGCACAAAUCUUAAACUCGAUUCGUCUCAAACAUUCUCCAAUGACGACAUUCGGCUAAUAUGCUCAGAAUUUGACUAUGUAAGGGCAUUGACGCGAAGUAUCACGACUGCCAAACCUCUUAUACAACAGUAUCGUCAGGAAAAUGACUCUACAGUCUACAUCAUACUGUUGAAUAAGGCAAUCGAAAUGACUGCAUACAUAAUUUCUACACCAAGCUUUCAAACUGUGAUGGAUAUCGUGGUAGACGAACUAAGUCAAGGAUUCAUGAAAUCAGGCUUGCCAGAACGCAUUGCUAAAGAAGGAACCGGGUUUCUAAAUGACAUAUUAGCUAUUGUCAAAACUGUUAUAGAAAGUUCAAAUAUUCAGAGACUCAUAUCAAGGUCCUACAUUGCUAGUAAACCAGACCUCGAUUCUCUGUAUAAUGGCGAUACGUUCUUCCUUUAUGCAACACUGAUGAGCGCCAUAUUUACUCAAGAAGAAGCGGCAGGUAAUAUCAUCUUUCAAAUUAUCGAGGCAGAUUUUUUGAAAACUUACAACGAAAAGUAUAAUGGAGACAUUGAAUACCUUCUCAACGAUCCAUUUAAUACGUACGGUAACGUUCUAAAGGAGAUGGACUUAGCUGCAACGGUUUUACCCCUGCUUGGGUCCGGAGGUGCACGAACAAUGCUGCCUUAUAACAGUUCUAUCGAACAGGACAAGAUCAGCGAGGUUUGUUAUGACGAUACCAUGGAUUUUAUUGAUGCAGUAAUAGGGCAAAAAGAAUGGGCAUUGCAAUUGCUGGAUGCUCAAGGUAAAGUACCUUCCGGUUUGCUCGACGGGAAUUGGAAUUUUCUUGGCGCCAUGGACCAGUGUCUAGACAUAAAACCCGACAUGAAAUCAAAUGAGGUUAUUGGAAACACUCGGAGACCUGCAGGGACCAGAUUUUGUCGUGUCGUCAUUCCCUUUAUACAAAACCUGACUGAAGAAGAAAUCUAUUCUCGAGUCACAUGGGGCGUGUGUGUCCCAGACACAUGUACAGGGAGCGAUGUUUACGGGAUUCUGAAAUUAGACGCGUUUGGAAAUUACACGGAAGCACUUGGAUAUGUGGAGUGUAUCACCGAGUCAGACCUGGCACAAGACCUACCUGCGAUCAUUACUUUAAUCGUUAUAGGUUUUAUUGUACUUCUGAUGAUAUCCGGCUCUCUGUAUGUUGCGAUGGAAACACGCGGUUUUAUCAGUAAUAAUCACGAGACUGUCAACCGAGAAGUUGAUAUUGCUAGCAAGGACGAAUACACCAAAGAUAACGACGCAGAUUUAAAACGUAAUGAGAACGACGACAAUAACUGCAAAAGAAAUGGAACUAAUCUGUCUGAACAUUAUGUACAAUACUCUGAAUGUAAUAAACCAGUACUCAAUAUCCCACCUAACAACGACGAGGUGCAACCUAACGCUGCUGCAAACGGCAAUGACAGCACAACACAUGCCAUGCCAAAUGCCAACGUACAACACAAGAGGAAAAAGGAAGGUGUGCUAAUCUCAAUAAUUAAGGCAUUCUCCGUGCAAAUCAACAUUCCGAAGAUACUGAGUACAAAUACUGCAUCAGGAACUGUUAGAUGUCUCCACGGAAUACGCUUCGUCACAAUUACCUGGGUUAUACUUAUUCAUUCCUAUGCGUUCGGCAUAAUUCACAACCACUCGCAGGUCUGGUAUCUUGCUAACCCUCUAGUCAUUUUGACACUGCAGCAAAGAUUUUCUUUCCAUGGAGUUAUGGCCGCCAACUCUGCCGUAGACACCUUCUUUAUGAUGAGCGGGAUGCUGCUCUCGUAUACUCAACUGAAGAACAUGCAGAAGCUGAAAGCAAAACUGACUGGGUCGAAUGUAGCCCAAUAUGUCUUCCACUAUUUCUUCCACAGGAUAUGGAGGUUGACACCGCUGUAUGUGAUGGUAUUGGUCAUACAUGCAACAUUGACAGAACACAUCUCAAGUGGACCCUUUCUGCCAAGUGUUUUUCAAUUUAGGAAUUCUUGCAAAAAAAACUGGUGGACUAAUAUGUUAUACAUCAACAACAUCGUCCAUCAAGAAGAACAGUGUAUGGGAUGGUCUUGGUACCUUGCUAAUGAUAUGCAGUUCUACAUUGUGUCGUUAGUGAUUCUAUUCCUUAUGAUGUUAAAAAUGCAAAUAGGGAUCCUGGUUAGUGUAAUGCUGCUUCUUGUAGGUAUGGUUAAUUCAGGCUUGAAUCGAUACGAAAUACAAGGGACACAGUUAACGAAUUUUGAUUCUGAUUCUAACUACUGGCGGGAUAUCUACAUUGCUCCAUGGUGUCGGGUUGGUGCAUACAUGGUAGGGAUACUUUUCGGAGUUUUCCUGCAAAAACAACCAAGGAAACCAUUCAAUAAGCUUAUAGGCUUUGCGGGAUGGACUAUUGCUACGGCAGUCGCUCUGACACUGAAGUACUCUCUAUACUCCUUCAAUAGGGAAGGAGGGGAACCUUGGAGCAAACUUCAGUACGCAAUAUACGAGGCUUUUGACAGACCUGUAUGGGCUAUGUGUGUUUGCUGGGUUGUUUUCGCCUGUCACAACUACAUGGGAGGUCCCGUCGACUCCUUGUUGUCAUGGAGAGGUCUUGUGCCUUUAUCGCGACUGACUUUCGCCGCCUAUUUGAUCCAUCCAGUCGUGAUGAUAAUACAGGGAUCAUCCAGAUUCGCAACUCACUAUUUGUCUGACUAUAGUAUGAUCUAUCUCAAUCUCGGCCACAUCACUGUAUCCUUCAUGGCUGCGUUCGUACUGUCUUUGGCACUUGAAUCUCCCUUUAUAACACUUGAAAAAUUAUUAGUGUGAUCAGAAAUGUCCUCAACUGCAUCAAUAUGCAUUCAUAUGCAAUUAAAAGAAAUACAAAAAACAAACAGUUAAUUUAAUUACGUCUGUUUUUUUCUGAAAUACGAGACUCGUAUAUGUUAUGAAAUUAUCUACAUGGACAUACUGAUUGAUGGUAUCAAAUUAAAAUUUGACAGAAGAAAGUGCAGCAUUAUUCCGAUAUGCUUUACAUUAUCACUCCUUCAGAUCACUAUCGUGUGUAUUUACUAGAGGUACAAAUAAAAAUAGUCAAAUU